CCUGACCAUGACAUUGAACUGUAAUUUCGUUUUCUGAUAACUACAUUAAAGUACUCUAAGCCUUUCGCAUACGGUACUAUCGACAUGAGUUCGUAUACAGCCCAUUCCUGGAGUCACCAACGGGUUUACUCGCCUCGAGAGUUCGUACGUCGUUUCGCUCUCCCGCAAAUUGUUACUGUCCACGAGGGUAUGACUCAUCAUGUUCAGACUCCUACAGCGCUCGACAUUGGUCAACCAUUUCUCCUUUACCAAUCUUACAGCUGUCGUAAAGUUCAUGGUCGCAGCUUGGACAGGGAUAAGAUAGGAAGAGUGAAAACUGUAGGGCUUCCCCUGGUGAUUCCAGAUAUUUAUUCAGGUUGGCUAGCUGUCAUCUCAAACGAUGGACAUACAGCUGGUUAUUUUACUACUAUUGAACAAGUAGCACGUGCUCGUGUACCUCUCUUCGUUACGAAGAACGGUAUCACAGGAUAUCAACUUCCAGAUCCUGGAGACAUCGAGAGAAAAUCCGUUUAUAUAAAGGUUUCUGUUCCUGGUGGUCAAGCUCUGAAGCUACUCGGAGUGUACGAGGACAUCAGUUCAAGGUCCAAAGGAAGUUUAGGUGGACGAAACUGGAACGAUAGUAACCGAGGAAAGUAUGCUAAGUGUUUCACUCAGAUGGGAGAAAUACUGUUCAUACCAUUUUUUACCUCUGGAAAAUUUUACGCCGUAGCUCGUCGUUCAUCUUAUUCCAUCAAUCACAUUUUCUUGUUGCCCAAUCUACUUCGGGUUUUCCAGUUGCCCCUUACAGCUCGACUGAUAGGUGGCAGCCAGCUAAAGCUUCCAAGCAACUUUACUGGUGUUGUUCAUCUUCAGGAAGUUAAGCAACAGGAUGUGAUCCUUGCAUGUACUUUCAGAAAUGGUGAACCAGUUUUGGUGGAAAUAGAUCUUGAUUCUAGUUUUUCACUUGUUAAAAAGAUCGACGAUCUCCAUUUUCAAAGCUCUGGUAUUUAUCAACAGAUGUUAAAAUUCUGUGCUGAAGAAGCAGAUAACUGGAAGAAGCAGAUUAAGGUUACGCAUCACGUGGUUCAACAUCUUAAACAAACAGAGAAUAAGCAGUCUUCCGAUGGAAGCAGCAAACGAUGUAAAAAUAAUUUCGAAAAAGAACUUGAAACCCAAUCAAUAAGUAUUUCCAUGAACUUCGAAGACUUUGUUUCAGAAAGAGGAUCUAUGAAAUCUAAGUCGGCCUUAGGAUCCACACGAUCCUCCUCUUCUUCCAGGUUUAGCAAUCCUUUAAGCAAACUAUGGAGCUUUCGGAAGUCGAAAACAUUACAGAUGGUGAGAGAAGGGGAAUGUGAAGAGGUAGAGAAGAAUUGGGGUAAAACAUGGGGAAAUGCCAGUAUAAUGUCCUGUUCUGCUGUUGACACUCAUUUGUAUGAAACUUUAAAUCGUAAUAAUCAGCCAUCUUGUAGGUUAAAACGAGAGCCAACAAGUGACCUAGGCAUGUUUAGGAGACCAACAGACUGUGAUAAUCUUAAUGGGGAUGACGGUUAUGGAACAUACCAGGCUAAUGAGGACUCUUCGUAUUAUUCAGUCUGCUAUUAAAAUAUAAGAAAUGAAGUUAGAAAUGGUAGUUUUUAUUCGAAAAUAUCAUUCGAGACAAAAUUUUCAUUCAUGGGAAAUUCAUCACUGAUACUGAUUGUAUACAAGUCAUCGUGCUGAAUUCGCUUAAAUUUUUGUUAGACUAGGAUUUCGCUUUAGUUCUUCGAUAAUGACUUUCAAACAAUAUAGUUGGUUAUUAAUAUACAUUAUUAAUCAUCCCAGUCCUGGUCAGCGAAGCUAUAAGUAAAUAUAUAUACUGGCCAGUUGACAUUUACCUUGUAGUCCGUUAAUAUAUAGUGAGGCUUAUUUAAUCAAGUCUUACGAUCAGCCAUUCACACUUACUUCUCUUUUCCUGGAAGCUUAUUAGAAAAGUUAGAAUUGUUUAAAUUAUAAGGUGUAAUAAAGGUGUUUGGUGUAAUAUUCAGUGAAACCUUACUCCUUACCCACAAUAACUAUUUUCAGUAACUUAAGAUAAUGUAGACAAGUUUUUUUACGUGGUCAGAACGUUAUUAGUUUGGGUAAUUAUUGCUAGUAGUUAAACAGCACUUGUGAUAAUACAUCAAAAAGUUCUUCGCUAGAAACCUGAAAACAGUGGAGUUCGUCUGAUGUUGAAUUCAAUCAUUCUUGAUCAUUAUUCUUGUUUUUAAAUACAACAAUCUUUUCCCUGGUAUAUGUGUAUUGAAAACCAAUGAACCUUUAAGUUCAUAUAUUAAUGAAGACGUCACGUUUCACAUAAUAUUUCUUAAAACCCACGGUAAAGGGGGGGGGGGAAGACUAAUGAAUUUCAUUUUUGUCAAAAGAUU